CCCUCCUGAACUUCCUCUGACUGACGUCAGCCCCGCGCUCCGGACCCCGCGCUGAGAAGAAUGCUGCUCUCCGUUGCGCCAAGGACGGGAAUCAACCCCUACAACGGGUACAACAGCAGAAACAGCAAAAAGCAAGCCUAUGUGUCCUCCAGCCACCAGAUGGCGCUGCUCAGUCCCAACACCAACAGUAGCAGCACGAGUAGUGUGGGAGGCGGAGAACAGCUGAGCAAAACCAAUCUUUACAUUCGUGGACUCCAUCCUGGGACCACUGACCAAGACCUGGUCAAGCUCUGCCAACCGUAUGGAAAGAUUGUGUCCACCAAGGCUAUUCUGGACAAAGCUACCAACAAGUGCAAAGGUUAUGGCUUUGUGGAUUUCGACAGUCCUGCAGCAGCACAGAAGGCUGUGAUGGCGCUCAAGGCCAGUGGAGUUCAAGCUCAGAUGGCCAAGCAACAGGAACAGGACCCUACCAACCUGUACAUCUCUAACCUGCCCAUGUCCAUGGAUGAGCAGGAGCUGGAGGCCAUGCUCAAGUCCUUCGGCCAGGUGAUUUCCACACGGAUCUUACGGGACGCUAACGGAACCAGCAGGGGCGUGGGCUUUGCAAGGAUGGAAUCCACAGAGAAAUGUGAAGCCAUCAUUCAGCAUUUUAAUGGAAAAUAUAUCAAAACCCCACCAGGAGUGCCAGUUCCCACAGAGCCGUUGUUAUGCAAGUUUGCUGACGGAGGACAAAAGAAGCGGCAGAACCAGGCAAGGUACCUACAGAACGGUCGAGCCUGGCCUAGAGAUGGUGAAACGGUAGGAAUGACGCUCCCAUACGACCCAGCAGUCUUACAGAACGGGUUUUAUUCUCCUCCGUACAGCAUCGCUCCAAACAGAAUGAUCGCUCAGACCUCUCUGUCUCCAUACAUGCCCUCACAAGUACCGUCUUACCAGGUGCACAGCCCGUCCUGGAUGCAUCAUCAGUCGUACCUCAUGCAGCCCACCGGGGCCGUUCUGACUCCAGCUAUGGAUCACCCGAUGUCCAUUCAGCCCACGUCUAUGAUCGGACCCCUGACCCAGCAGCUCAGUCACCUGUCGUUGGGCAGCGCUGGCACGUAUAUACCCAACGCAGCUAUGCAAGGACCAUAUAUCCCUCAGUACACCCCGGUGCCUCCCUCUAGUGUUACAUUAGAGGAAAGCAGUGGACAGCAGCAGCAGCAGCAGGUUUCCAUGGAGACGCCUUCAGAACACACUAAUUAUUCCUAUCAACACAGCAAAUGAAGCUACGGUCCUCUGGAGGUGCUACACAGUGCUGUGGACAAUGGGAGUCUCCGAGAGUGAGAUUUGCAGAUUACCACAGACAAAGAACACCAGAGGGGAUCCGGAUCACAAAAUGCGCGUGUAUCUUUUUUAGGACAGAGACAAAAAGGACAUCAGUCAUGUUUUGUUCAACUCCCCUCUCUUCAGGAGUCACUUAGCCAACAGUGGGAGACUGUGCAAAAGAGCUAUCAAUCUUUCAUCUAUUUUGAUAACAAAACAGAAAAAAAGCGUAAAAAAAAAAAAUCACGAUUUAGAAAUGGGUAAGGAAAACACAAUGUGUUAUUUUAUGCACGUAAUGGCAAAUUCUUAUUUUUAGGAACUACCCUGAUGAAAAACCAGCAUAUGCUGGUUAGGUGUGGUUUGAAGCAUGGCAGCUGGUUU